UUCGGACUUCGGCAUGCAGGUCAUGGUGUACUUUAAAGACACACGUUCCCCCCUCGGUGUCGAACAGUUGGUGGUACUUGACGACGAACGCCAACCACUAGAUAAAGGCACUACUCUGGUGGUUCACACUCCUUUAAUCGGUAAAUAUCCAAUGCAAUGGCCUCGAUUGACCAGUACGUAUAAUAUAAACGAAUGGACACACGAAGUCUCUUUGAGCAAAACUCUGAAGGUGUGGACCUUACAAACGUCCCAUCACAAAUAUUCGGAUGAAAUCGUUCAUUUGCCGACGCUGGGCCACAACAUCAUCAAGGGCAAGGCUAUGUGGGGAGAGUCUCUUCAGUUUACCGGUGAAUUUCACUACACACCAGGGUAUUGGGAAUGGACUGAAGAUGUACUUAGCAGGUGCGAGAGUAAGUUAAUUAGCGCGCAACUAUAUGACGCGGUGUAUGCGUCCUUGUUUACAUAUGAUCGAAAUUCCGAGAUCAUUAAGGCAUUUUGUGAAGCCUGGUGCCCGACGACAAAUACUCUUUUGACGUCUCUUGGUGAACUAUCCUUGUCAUUAUGGGAUUUAAAUACUCUCGCAGGUCUUCCUUUGACCGGACUUCUUUACGACGAAGUUAUUCCUUGUGCCGAAGAGCUUUGUGGCAUUGAUGCAACCGGAUCUAGGUAUCUGCCUCGUACUUGCAAACAUUUGCUCUAUGUUUACCAUUUACUUCGAAAGAAAGCUGACGAUAACUCCCAAGUCUCAAUUGAGAAAUGGAUCAAAUUUUGGUCUAAGAAGCAACUGAAGUAUCAUCAGCCUCCUCUUCGUAAGGAGAGAAAAAAAGUUCGUCCAAAAUCUACGCAUAAUCCUCUUGGCAGCUUUGAUGCUCACGAUGAAUGGGAUACAUCGGAGAGAGAGUUAUUUUCGAAGCUCAAAAUUGGCAAUGAUUUGAGAACUGAAACGUAUUUAUCAGCAUUUCUCGCUUGCUGGCUCUGCACUUUUGUUCUUCCGACUGAUAACCCCGACACAAUACGUCCGUCUACUUUCAAGAUGGCUAGCCUGAUGGCGAGUGGCCGUAAAGUAGGUUUGGCUGUCCCGGUCUUAGCGAGCAUAUACAAGGGUUUAAAUAAAAUCUCAAAUUCUCCGAGGCCAACUCGCGUAAGUUCCCCAUUUCCCAUCCACUUUGUCUAUGGCUGGUUGGCACAUUAUUUCAAAACUCACUAUCCGGUUUGGCAAGGAGUGCGUGGCCCUAAAAUGACGACUUACUCUGGCGAGGGUGGUGCGAAAUAUUAUGACUCGAAAGAAGCACGCAAACGGAUUCACAAAGGAGAUUUUGCAUCUUGGACUUGUACUAUGAUCACCAAAAGCAAAGAUUUUUUGUAUGUUGAUAAUGCCAACGGUGACGAGUUAGAACAAAAUUAUUUCAUUGCGAUGCGUUCGAACUAUCUCCCUCUGCGUCGAGGCGAGGAAUUUAUUAUCGAGCCUUACAGUCCACAUCGAUUUAGUCGUCAGUUUGGCUACUACCAGGAUGUCCCCGGUGUUCUUGUGCGAGAUAUACGCAGAGUUUCUUUAGAAGAAGGACUCCGACAAGAGCGUGGUUUUCUUCUAUGCCUCCGAAUGCGAAACGAUUUACCUCCGAAGACUACAAAAAAUGGUGGACUAAUACCUUUGCCUGUGUCGAAAGAAAAACUUUCCGAGAUAGAAGAGAGUUUACCAACUCCAUCUGACGUGGCAGCCCGAACUACAACACCUCUUGCAGGAAGCAAAAUUAAUUCUCGCCCAUUGGAAGAAAGUGGUAGUAGUAAUGUAGACCGUCAUUGGAAGCGAUCGAAGAAGGAUCCUCGACCUUCAGAACUUGGACAUAUCGAUAAUGCAGUCACCAGCCCUCUGCAGACAGUGGAUACUCAUGUUAAUGAGUUAGAAAAUGAGGCCAUGAACGUUGUCGAUGUCGAUGGGUCACAAGAUAGUCCAAAGUCAAUGAUAGGUCCCAACUCGAUUACGGCAACUGUUUCGGUUGAAGCAUUGACACGUAGACCUCCAUCUGAAGUGGCCAUCGCUGCACAAAGGCCACGUCCUGCUGCUGUUUCCGUAUUUGAAGGCGAAAAAUUCGUUCUUACUCACGAGAAGGAGUUUCUUCGAAAAUUGUGGGGGGAUCUUCGCAUCAAGAUAGUCAAUACCCCCGUCGAGUUCAUUUCAUCUAUUCAAGAUAAUGUGGAAAUCGUGCUCCAAUCAAUGAAGCGCUUUAGUGAUUUUGAUAUUACUCACGUGGAGGGAUUAGUGAAAACAUUAUUCGAAAAUGCGGCAGCCUAUGAUGAAGCAAGGUCUAUGUCGUCAGAGAAAGCACCUGAAGAACUUCUUGCACGACAACUUCAAGUGGUUAAGGAUCGUCUUCUUGGCGCUCAAACUAAAGAGAACAAAGAAAACGCUCAAGUUCGAGCCACAAAAAAUGAAUUGGAGGGCAUCCAAAAGCAGCUACACGCGUUGAAAGGACAAAAGAAGAAGUUGUCGUCAUCACUGAAGCGACAACAAGAAUCUCUUAACUGUGUCCAUGCUGAAGUUUGCGGAAUCAUGGAAGAGAUCACUGCCAUUGAGAACACUUCUCCGUUGAGCCAUGACAUGAUUGAGAAUGUGAAGAUUUCAAUGGAGCAUUUGGAGGCCACCAAGGAAGAAUUGAAGACUUUAGAUCCUUUCGCCUGA